CCUGUGACAGAAUUAUGUGAUCACUGAAUUAUUUUUUCGGUCAAAUUAUGGCCACUGCGGGCGUAUUAGAUGCUGAGAUUCGAGAUGCGGAAGGUUUUGCUGUGCCCUUUGGUAAACCACCUGCAGCUCGAAGAGGUUCGCUGCCAAAUGUGGCAAGGAAAAGAAAAGAAAAAAUUUCAAGGGCUCAUCUGAAACUUCCUUUGAGUAAUUCUAUGACCAAUCUUACUCCAACUAAGAAAAAGGAAGGUGCAGUUUUGGAAACGCUGAAAACCAGAGCUGUGAGUGCCAGUAACUUAGCUGCUCUAUCAGAUAGCAACUUGUCUAUAAAGGAAGCUUUACCUCCUAGAAGUUAUGACAAGCCAAACACAGAAGGAAAUGUUGCAAAGAUAAUAUUUGAAGAGUCUGUCAAAACUUACUUUUAUCAAAUGACUGAAGGAUGUGGAAAUGAUAAUUGUAAAAACAAGUUUUGCAAAAGUUCUAAAGAUGGGAAGAAGUUUGACCCAGCUACAGCUCUUGUGUACAGUGUGGAGCUGGCCUCCACCAACAGACCAUUCAUGUGUGCCAAAGACAGAUUUAAAGGAAGAAUUAUUCCAGAUAGUAUUUUAAAGGGAGAUGAUACACAGGAACAAAAACCUUUCAUGCAAGUAUUAUUGAGCACAACACCAUUUGACUCCUUGUUCAAGACACCCAAGCAGCUGGAAAGUGGGAAACCAACAGUUCAGUCAUAUGACUUGCCCAAAUUUGAUGCCUCUACCUUAUAUCAGACCAGUUCAAAUGUGCGUUACCAAGACUUACUUCCAAGGGAUAUGAUCAAACAAAGAGCAAAAGACUCUGUGCUGCUGAAUAGUUACAGCUUAACCAACUUGUCUAAUGCUGGAAAGACAAUUGUAAGCAAGACAGGAAAGCUGAUAAAACAGAGUAUUAGUUCAAGCUUUGGGAAUGUGUUCAGAGGAGAGAAAGAGGAUCUUUCUAACCAAACCAGUCUGGACAGCUUAGGAAGUGGUGACUUUGGACUCCCAGGUUCUCCAUGCAGUAAUCUAGGUAGCUUAUCUCCCAAGAACUCUAGCCCAAUGCAGGUGUUUGGCUCCAAUGAAGAUCUUGCUCAUGCUCAUGCUCAACUUGAUGAAUUUGAAAGACAGCUCAGUUUGGAGAUGACAGUUGGGGACUCAAAUGAGUUCUCUCUCACCCACCUGACAUUGCCUAUGCUAGAGGCUGCUGCUCAAAAAUAUGAAGAAACUUCAGAUUCCUCAUUUUUGCUCAACACUGUGAGAACUGUCUGCACAUCUCCAGCAUCUGUGAAUAAAAGUUUUCUAAUAAAUGAUCAGAAAGAGGCCAGUCCUACUAAUUUGAACUUGAAAGCAGUAAGAGAGGCAUUCACUUUGUUAAUGACUUUAGCACCAUUUGAUCAAUUCCACUCAGUAUUAUCCAACUCCAUAGACAUAUUGUUGACCACACUAGUCCAGCAGGGGAUGGGAUAUAUAGGGAUCAAUCCAAUUUUAAUCCUGUUGGAGUGCCCUCUCUUCAGAAAGAGAAGGAACCAUGAGCUGAGACAAAAGUUAUGUAAAGUAAUAGCCAACCUUGGUGAGAUGGGCAGGGUAUCUCUGGUCAGAGCUCUGUCCACAUAUGACAGCGAGAUCUUUGAGAGGAGAAUCAUGGGGAUAUACAAGGACCAUUUCAUGUUGUCACUGAAACCAAACCAAAGGACCAAUGCUGACCUUAUUGAUAUUGCUCAAACCCUUGCUGUGUUCUUUGAGGCCAACCUAUUUGCAGCUGAGACAUGUGGGAAGCCUCUAAUACCAUCCAAGUUAUUUUAUGUCACAGAGUUAUCAAGGAAACUAGACUACAGAGCCGAAUAUGAGCUCUGGUACUCUAGAGGAGAGGGAUCAGACCAGACACCAACAAAGCUGUGUCUUCUUGACUUUCCCUUCAUCAUGGACCCAUCGUCCAAGGUCCAUGUGUUACACUUGGAUGCUGUGGUACAGAUGAGGAAGGAGUACCAGGAGGCUAUAUUACACCAAGCUAGAGUGAACCAGGUGUUGAAGUAUUUGAGAGAAGUGAACAGGAAGCCCAACCUUACAGACUCGGUGAAGUCUGCAAUGUGUCCAUAUCUUGUACUGAAUGUGAGAAGAGAGAAUCUCCUGGAAGAUGCUAUCAAUGAAAUAAAACUGAAAGCCGUGGAUCUGAAGAAACCAUUGAAGAUUAAAUAUGUCGGAGGGGGUGAGCAGGGACUAGACAUGGGAGGUCUUCAGAAGGAGUUCUUCCAUUUGAUCUGCCAGAAAGUCUUUGAUCCUGCUUAUGGAAUGUUUGCUUACUCAGAGGAAACAAGGAGCUUGUGGUUUAAGAGUUCUGAGACUGACAAUGAAGAUGAAUUUGAGAUGGUUGGUAUUGUUUUGGGCCUUGCUCUGUACAAUGGUGUGAUACUGGAUGUCAGGUUUCCCAAUGCCUUGUAUAAAAAACUGCAGGCCCUGCCACUGAGCUUGGCUGACCUGAUGGAUGCAGACCCUGCUCUUGGCCAUGGUUUAAUGGAGCUGCUGAACUACGAGGGAGACGAUAUAGAAGACGUGUUCUGUCAAUCAUUCCAGGUAUCCGUCCAGUCUUAUGACCUCACCACAGAAGUAGACUUAGUUCCCAAUGGAGCUGACAUUCCAGUUACACAGAAGAAUAAACACCACUUUGUGAGAAGAUAUGUGGAUUAUUUACUCACUGAGAGCAUUGCCAAACAAUUUGAAGCUUUUAGCAGGGGUUUCCACUCUGUGUGUAGGAAGGAGUCCCUAGCACUGUUCAGUCCUGAUGAAAUAGAGUUGCUUGUGUGUGGAAGUACAGAGCUUGAUUUUGAAGCAUUGGAGAAAUCUGCAGCAUAUGAUGACGGAUACUAUGUGAGUCACAGGACAGUCAGGGCAUUCUGGGAAGUAGUGCACCAGAUGACCCAGGAUCAGAAAAGGCAGCUAUUACACUUUAUCACAGGGAGUGAUAGAGUCCCACUCAAGGGACUGUCCCAUUUGCCAAUAGUCAUACAGCGUAAUGGCGGAGACUGUGACAGGUUGCCCACUGCAAUGACUUGUUUCAAUCGUCUUCUGCUUCCAUCUUACGCCACCAAAGAGAAACUACAAAGUAAACUGAUGGUUGCCAUAGAGCACGGAAAGGGGUUUGGAUUGACUUGAUUGACAACUUACGGGUCUCUUUUUAUCAGGCAGCAACAUUUCGUCUCAGAUGCAGCUGACUUUGUGAUCAGGGGAAACAAUUGUGUGUUUUAUAGUGCAUGUACUUGUUGCCUGCUUGUAUAAAUAACUAUGGAACAAGACAAGAAUGACAUUUUUUCAUUGGUUUGUUUGUUUUAAUAGUUAUUAUUAAUUACUGUGUGCAAGGUUCUCUUGCCAGUGUGAAGUGUAGGGACAGGGGUGAGAUUAAUUAUACAUUACUCAUUAUAUCAUUAUAAAUAUGUUGUUUUUAUUCAAAUGUACACAAAGCAAAAGUUAUGCAUAUGUAUAUAUAUUAUUUAUGCACUUGGUCACCAGCUUAUGGUUGAUGUGAAUCUCACAAAAGAGCUUGACUUUGUUAUUUAAUUUAUUUAUUGCAGUGUUAAGGUUUAAGUCAUUUUUGUUUAAAAAAAAGCUUGUUAAAAAGUGAUUUUAUAUGAAAUUUGCAACAGUUUAUUUUAUUUUUUCAUUUUUAUAUACAGACACUGUGUGCGUUUGUAUUUUUUCUGACCAUAAACCCCAGUGACAUGUCUGUAGGUUGUUCACCAUAUAAGUGCCAAACUGUAUUUUUUUUUUUUUUUUU